CCAACUAACCGUUUAAGCCCCAUUUUCCCACCACCCCUGCCCCCACUCUCUCUCUCUCUCUACACUUUGCUUCUUCUUGAACUCCACAAAUCCAUUUCCCCACCACCCAAACAGAGAAUUCACAAGAAAAUGCAUCAAAGAAAGCAUCUUGUUUUCUCCUCCGUCUUCUUUGCCUUUCUUCUUCAAGUUCUUCUUGUAUCGGCUUUUAACAAUGUGACCUUUGAUUUCCCUUAUUUCUUCGAUCUCCGCAACCUCACACUUCUUGGCGACUCCCACCUCCGCAAUGGAGUCAUUGGCCUCACAAGAGAGCUUGGUGUACCUUCCUCCAGUGCAGGCUCUGUAAUCUACAACAACCCAGUUUCUUUCUUUGACAAAGAAUCGAACACCACGGCUUCAUUCGCUACAAGGUUCAGUUUCUCAAUCAACAAUAUGAAUCCAACCUCUUUUGGUGAUGGGUUUGUGUUUUUCAUCUCACCUGAUAAUCAGACACUUGGUAGCUUUGGUGGUUAUUUGGGUCUUGUCAAUUCUUCACACUUGAUCAAGAACAAGUUUGUGGCAAUUGAAUUUGAUACAAGACUUGAUACUCGAUUCAAUGACCCAGAUGAGAACCAUGUUGGUUUGGAUAUUGAUAGUUUGAAUUCAAUCAGGACUGCAGAUCCAACCUCGAUAGGGAUUGAUCUAAAGAGUGGGAAUUUGAUCACUGCUUGGGUUGAUUACAAGCAUGACUCGAGGGUCUUGAGGGUGUUCUUGAGUUAUUCAAGUUUCAAGCCUGAACAGCCGAUUUUGAGUGUUGAUAUUGACCUCUCUGGUUACCUUGGAGAGUCUAUGUAUGUGGGUUUUUCUGGUUCAACAGAAGGUAGCACUGAGCUUCACUGGAUUGAGAGUUGGAAGUUUGGGACUAUUGGGUUCCUUCCGGUGAAACCAAGAUCUCAUCCUCACAAUGUGUCUGAUAGUUCAGUGAAUCUGAUGCCAAAUAUUCCGGUAUCCAAUUCUACCAAUAGACAUCGCAAGAGGCUUGGUUUGGGUCUUGGCAUUGCAGGUCCAGCUUUCUUUUGUGUGUUUCUUGUGGCUUUUGGUUACUUUUCUGCAAAGAAAUGGCAGAGUAGCAGAACAGAAAAGAAUAUCAAGGCGGAGAUGGUAACGGGGCCUCGGGCAUUCAACUACAAGGAGCUAAACAUAGCUACAAAAGGGUUUCAUCCAAGCAGAAUUCUAGGCAGUGGUGCAUUUGGGAAUGUCUACAAGGCCUUCUUUAACUCUUCAGGCACCAUUGCUGCAGUGAAAAGAUCAAAGCAUUCACAUGAAGGUAAAACUGAGUUUCUUGCUGAAUUGUCUAUUAUAGCUUGCUUAAGGCACAAAAAUCUGGUUCAGGUUCAAGGUUGGUGUGUUGAGAAGGGUGAAUUGUUGCUUGUUUAUGAGUUUAUGCCUAACGGGAGUCUCGAUAAGGUGCUAUACCAAGAAUGUGAGACUGGAACCUCCCUAAACUGGUCUCAACGGCUAAACAUUGCAAUCGGAUUGGCUUCUGCACUUUCAUAUUUGCAUCAGGAAUGUGAACAACAAGUCAUUCACAGAGACAUAAAGACCAGUAAUAUAAUGCUGGAUGGGAACUUCAAUGCUAGGCUAGGUGAUUUUGGAUUGGCUAGGCUCAUGGAUCAUGACAAGAGUCCCGUUUCGACACUCACUGCUGGAACAAUGGGAUACCUUGCUCCUGAGUAUCUUCAGUACGGUAAAGCCACCGAGAUGACUGAUGUGUUUAGCUAUGGAGUGGUAAUGCUUGAACUGGCCUGUGGAAGGAGACCAAUUGAGAGAGAACCCGGUAGUCAAAUAAUGGUAAAUUUGGUGGAUUGGGUUUGGGGUUUACAUGGUGAGGGAAGGAUCAUCGAAGCUUCCGACAAAAGAUUGAAUGGAGAGUUCAAGGAGGAAGAAAUGGGGAAGCUGUUGCUAGUGGGUUUGAGCUGUGCAAACCCAGAUAGCAUGGAGAGACCUACAAUGAGGAGAGUCUUUCAGAUCCUUAAUGGUGAAGCAGAACCAAUGGCCGUGCCGAAGACGAAACCAACUCUCACUUUCUCUUCUGGCUUGUCUUUGACCGUUGAGGACAUUGUUUCAGAUUGUGAGUGAAGAUUUUAUCAUAUUCUUUUCUUAUGCCAAAACUCAGAGAUGGUGUUAUUCUUUCAUUUGUAAUAGCUUUAGGUAGCUACCCUUGUAAUGUUUUUUUGAUGCAGUAGCAGAAAAACAGUAGUUGUUCAUAUUCACCUGAGUUCAAAACAAAUGUAUUGAACAAUGUGGCGCUCUUGAGUUUGUA